CAUAUCUUUUAUUUCAUUCUUCCUUAUGAAUUCUUUUGUAUCAUACUAACUAGUACUGAUAAUAGUUUAGUUCUGCUAGGCGCGGUUGUAAAAUAAAAACGUUAUAUUACCUACAUUUCGCUUUGUUUUAACACGCGCAAACAUUAUGUUCUCCGAUGUUUUAUUGAUUUUACGUUAAGACUUUCCGUUGUUUGAUCAUACAAAGAACUUUCCAUUAUUGUGUAUCAAUUACAGUAGAUCGAACACAAAGUGUCAUUGGACAAAUCAGUCAUCCGUUUCGUGCAUGUGUCCUCAACACCGAUAAUUGUGAUAGUGUCGUCCUGUGGUCGUAAUGAAAACAGAGUCUAGUGUAUUUUCCAGAAUUGUGUUGAGUGUUUAUUUCAGUGCAUUUUUUAGAUUGAUAAGUUAAGUGCAAAAAUAAUAGUUUCUAUCCAGGUUGGCAUCCAAAUUUUAAAAACCGGAAGCGCCAAUGUUUUUAUAAAGUUCAUUCUUAAUGCUGGAUCUGUGCGAAACAAAUUUCAUCGAGAUAACUAUCUCUUUACGAAAUAGAUCUCACGUCCCUUGAGGGAAACCAGCAAUGGUGGACUACUACAGGGUAUUAGGAGUCAAUCGGGCUUCCACGGAAGCAGAAAUAAAAAAAGCGUAUAGGAAACUAGCUCUGAAAUGGCAUCCCGAUAAGAACCCAGAUAACGCAGAAGAAGCUAAUAGAAGGUUUAAAGAGAUUUCCGAAGCUUAUGAAGUACUCUCAGAUGAAACCAAGCGGAAAGUGUAUGACGCAAGGGGGUCCGGCCAUCAUGGUCACAGAUAUCAAAGCAAGAAUGGAGUCAAUGGCCAUCGACACUUUAGCUUCAAAGGGUUUUUCGGAGAAACGCCAUUCCAUCGUUUUUUUGAAAGGAAACGACGAGUAUAUGAUCAAUACGGCAAAGAAGGACUGAAUAGUAGCCGAGGACGGCGUUCCGGCGUCGACGAUGACUACGACUUCGGUUAUGGCAGCUUCCCGUUUACAUUCCGAGAUCCCGAGGAAGUGUUUAGAGAGUUCUUCAGUGGAUCCUUUGGCGAUUUAUUUGCUGAGAUCAAUGGUCAUGGGCAUCACCACAGGCACGGGCGUCGUAGUCAUCCCAGCACGUCGCUCACUUCAUCCCUCUUCAGUCCAUUUGGUUUCGGCAUGCAAGGACUCGACGACAUAUUUGCCCAUGCUGCACCAAAUGGCAACACUUUCACUUCUUUCUCGACGUUCAAUAGUUCAUUGGCAGGACCUGGCAGCGCUAAUAUGAGGAGCACCACGACAACUACGCGUAUGGUCAAUGGAAAAAAGAUUACUACUAAGAAAGUAUCGGAGAAUGGUCGCGAGACUGUGAUGUCUUAUGAAAAUGGGGUCCUCAAAUCAAAGACUGUCAAUGGUGUACCUCAAUCAUUAACCUACAGUUAAACAUGUGUAAUGUUCUACAAUGUAACCAAACAUAAUCCAAAUGUCAACUCAGUAUAAUUAAAUGAUAUGAGUUAAAGGUUCCAACUAUAAAAUACUUAACGUAAUUUAAUUUUGCUUAAUUUAAAUAUUCAGUGUGAUGAAACCAAUUGUAAAUUGAUAGAGUGAAAUAUCUUAAUCUUAAUUAAAUUUAAUAAUAGUAGGGUUAUUGCUUCUUAUUAAAAUAGUAUAUAAGUGAGAUCGUACAGUAGACUACUCUGCUCAAUUGUACAAAUCUCGCUCUGAAGACUUGUGUUCUGUUUGUCGUAGCACGCGCGUUUAUGAUCUCGAAAUGUGCAAACGAGGGUGUGUCAGAAAAAUAAACAUUAACCUUUCCUAAUACGUGCUACGAUUAUUAUAUUAUUUUGCUGCCAACUUUACCUAUUUUUAGUAUAAUAAUAUUUAUAGUCAUAAUUAUACUUAAACAAGUUUUAAUUUAAUCCUAGUUGGUUGACACAACUAGUAUAUAAUUAAAAUACUUUUAGGAAAAUUUAUCGUAAAUUUUCGUUGUUAAGCGUAUAUAUAUUUCAUGAUGACAUUACAUUUUCAAAUUUAUGUUACUCAUUGUAUUCGCCACGAGGUUUGUUUAGGAGUUUUAAGUUGGCAAAUUAACUGCUGUAUUAGAAGAUAAAUGCUAUUUUUGUAUAUCAUGGAUGGCAUUUUUAACUUAUCUGCCUUAGAUUUAAUGCGAUAACAGUCAAUAGUCGGUAGUCCCCGCCCGCUUUUAGUUUAUUUAUAAUAUAAUAAAGGUGUUGUAGCCGACAAUACAGAAAAGAAAACACAUAGGUAUUUUUAAGCAACUAAAAGAUUA